UCCACCUUCGUUGACCUGUCGGAAGUCGGUCAACUGUUUGUCUUCGGUGUUGUUAUCGUCGCAAAGACUGUCAGAACAAACUCGGACGGUGUACGAGGAAGCCAUGUCUUCCAAGGUGUAUCCGCAGAGCAAGCUCAGUAACACAUCCCACGCCAUGUCUGGGUACAGCGGUGGCCCAGUUCGCGACGCAGGCGGGCGCGCGGUUCAGUUCAAGACGAGCAACCCGUUUGAAGCCCUUUCAGUUGCCGUUCAGUCCUCUGCAUCAUCAGGAAGCGGAGGAUCUGCGGAGUCGCCCCCCUCCCCUCAAGGUUCGGUGUCCUCGACCGACACGGUCACUGGCAAGACUUCGGUUGGAGGCGUUGCGAUAAUUUCCAGCACUUCGACUCCAGGACCAGGUCAUACGCGGGAGCAAGCAGCUCACCAUGGGUUCUUUCCUAUGUCGCCAGAGAUGGUUUCUCGCAAGUCAACUACGACCCCAAACAUCCCGAGCUCCUUCAGCUCCCCCGUGCGUAAGCAUGUGCAGGAGCCCCAGAGUAGCGGCUUCGGACCCAGCGCCCGCCGUGGAUCGACCCUCAGCCAGGGCGGUCCUCUCUACACACCGCCGCCGCUACGCCGUGACUCGAUGGAUAGUCAGAACUCUACCCUCUACACGCCGCCACAGCUGCGCCGUGACUCGAUGGUGAGUCAGGGCCCAGCAGGGUCGUAUGCGUCUCCGGCACGUCGCUUGACUGGUUCGAGUAUUCAACCUCCGAUGAUGCACCCUUCUAUCGGAGUGCGUCAAACCAUGAAUGGUAUCUCGGAGGCUGUCGCAGUUGAAGAGUUCGCGUUCCGCCGUGGACAGCAAGAUCGUGGCAGCGUUCGGACUCGCAUCCCCAAGAAUCCUUUCCACCCUGUUCAUAAUCAGGCCUGGGAACUUAACUAUCUGCGAGGCAAGCAAUCGAAGACCCCUGCCGUGGUCUCCCGGUCAAAUGCGGCUUCACCGUCGGGCAAGAACUACGCUUGGCCGAUCCUAAUCAACCCGUACACGCAAAACCAGGAGCACCCGAACGGCUCCUUCGACGCAGAGUGGGCUCAGGAUAUGAUCAUCCGUGCUCUUGACAGCAUGGCAGCAAUUAUCUCCAUGAUCCUCAAGCGCGGCAAGCAGGGUGAGUGGCAGCGCGCUGUCUGUGACGUUCCAGCACCCGUUGCCGAAGCGUUGUCGGACUACCCGCACCUCAUGGGACGUUACGAGAAGCUGAAGCGCGAUGCCCAAGAGGCCAUCGCCGGGGGCCGACCACAAGGAUACACUCAAGAUGACUGAAACACCCCUCCAUAUUCGAAGUGGUGUCGAAGGAGUUGUUACGUCGUCGAUGCGGCCCAAUGUGUCGUAACUAGCGUCGACUGUUCGAUGAGGACGGUUCAUGAAGAGGACCUUCUAGGUACGUGGUGUGCGAAUAUGCUUUCAUGAUUUCCCUUUCCGGAGUUCGGGUGGAAUAAUGUGGCUUGUCGUAUUCGAUGGGCGAGAUUGAUAAUGGGGGUUGCUUUUUUUCGACGGAUGAUACGGCCUGAUUUCAUGGACGAUGUUUUCCUCAGAUGCGUGUACAAUAUCGACUGCGGGAUACGGACGGAAAGGCGUGCAACUGUAUG